AUCUGUUUGGAGGGGCGUAGAAAGGAGGCCAUAUUGUACAGUUAAAUUGAAAGAAAGAAAAUAAUUUCUCGUGCCCGUCUGUAGUCGCGACAAUUUCAAUUUUUCUCCCCCGCGCUCAUCGUCCUCUUUGUGCUCAAACUUUAAGAUCGUGAAUAUAGUGAAUUGGAAAAAAACGGGAGCCAUUUCUCGGCUCCUGCCGUUUUGUAUAUAAAUACAGAAUACGAAUUUCGAUAUAUUCGAUCAGACCGUCCAUCCAAGGAGUACAGAGUUCGCUGUCGACGAGAUGGGCACUCGAGACGACGAGUACGAUUAUUUAUUUAAGGUGGUUCUCAUCGGUGACUCGGGAGUUGGAAAAAGUAAUCUCCUCUCACGUUUCACACGCAAUGAAUUCAACCUCGAAUCAAAGUCGACUAUUGGAGUGGAAUUCGCCACUCGCAGCAUACAAGUAGACGGAAAGACGAUUAAAGCCCAAAUAUGGGACACUGCUGGCCAGGAACGUUAUCGUGCAAUCACGUCCGCAUACUAUCGUGGAGCCGUAGGAGCCUUAUUGGUUUAUGACAUUGCGAAGCACCUAACGUACGAAAAUGUAGAAAGAUGGUUGCGGGAAUUACGAGACCACGCUGAUCAGAAUAUCGUUAUAAUGUUGGUCGGAAACAAGUCUGACUUGAGGCAUUUGCGGGCUGUCCCGACAGACGAGGCCAAAGCCUUUGCCGAAAAAAAUGGCCUCUCAUUCAUUGAGACCUCUGCCUUAGAUUCGACCAAUGUCGAGACGGCUUUUCAAAAUAUAUUAACUGAAAUUUAUAGAAUCGUCUCACAAAAGCAGAUAAGAGAUCCUCCAGAAGGUGACACGAUUCGACCACAGAAUGUAGAACCAAUCGACGUGAAACCGACAAUGAGUUCAGACGGAAUGCGCAAGCAAUGCUGCCAGUGACUCUCCUCGCUCUUUAACAUAAGCAGUUACACAGUGGGAGGGAGGAGGGAAGUGGUGGCCGGCAAUAAAUAUAGCAGGUGCGUGAUCGCACGAGAACUAAGACUAUGGGUACGGGCCUAUAAUCUCGUACACUAGAGGUUUAAUAAUUAUUAAGCCCUGCCGAUGUGAGGGGGAGCCGCAGACUGGUAAAAAAAGAAUUUACAAAAGUGAAUUUCAGCGAUCACCACAAAAAGGCCUGAUCGCACAUCAAAGAAAUCCAACCAAGCAGACACAAAAACAUCUUAUAUUUUAUUCUUCCUCUAUUUCCUCCCCGAUCUCUCUCCCCUAAAAAAAAUAUACAUAUUUAUGUGUAAUGUACGCGUCGCAUAUUUGGUCAAGUACACACAUACACACACACAUACACCGAUAAUAAUUUGUUACUAUAAUUAAAUGUUGUAUUGCCGCUUAAUUCUUUGUAAUUAGGAGUGUGAAUGGCAAUCGAAUCGAGUAGAACGUCACUAUUCGCUUCGAGACGCGAGUUCUUUUUUAAAAAUAAAUGAUAUGAGACGGUGGAAAUAAUGUUAAAGGGUUCUCGAGAGCCUCUUGCGGCUUUUGGCAUCUGAAUUAUAUCCGGGAUUUCCUUUUUUUUUUUCUAGAUCCCGGGAAUCGAAUAACGAUGUUGGAUUCGAUUGAAACUGUUCUGAAUGCCCCUAUUUGUAACGAAUAUAUAAGAUAAUUAUUAUUCUCUGCGUCUCUCUGCCGUAUCGCAAGUAUAAAUAAUACGGGAAGCGAGUUAAGAGCGAGUUAGGAACGAAUUGUGAAUCAAAGUGUUUUACGCUUUUGUGGACUACAUGAGAGAUUAACGAAGUCUAAUUAAGUACCUACCGUAUGCUUUAGAGAAUGAAGACACCACUGGGAAGAGAAAUUAUUAAACGCACUGUUGAAGAAAUUGAUGAAAAAGAUGGAGAAAAAAAAACAAGAAAAAACACAUUAUGCGUAAUUUUCUAACCUUAUUAUAUGCAUUGUUAAUCGCCGAGGUUUACAGAAUUGUUUUUAAAUGAUCUUAUUAUUCGUUUGUAAUUUCGCUUUCGUUAGUUGCAAAUGAAGGGUUUGUGGAGAAAGUAAUGAAGGACGAAUCACGCCAUUAUCGAGUCACUCAAGCUAUCUUUCUACUUCAGAGGACACCACUGACUCGAAGGCUUACGACGCUAAGGUUUUUUUUUUAGUAAUUUUUAACUUAAUUUCUAAGUACAAGUGAUUUCACUGAUAUUAAAGAAUGCAACAAAA